AUGUCCAAAUACCUGAAUCUACCCAUGAUGCCUCACCGUCCGACGAAAGAAGAGCUGUUAGCGGCCGCGAAUGGGGUUUGGGAGAGGUUCAAGGUCAGGUUCAAAUGGAUUUCCAUUCGAAGUAUGAGACCUUGGAAUAUCGAUGAAUGGGGUGCUUUUGUUUCUUGGUUCAUGUUGGGUCAUAUCGUCUGGAUCUUGGUGGGCACCACGACAUUCUUCUCCAUCCUCAUCUUCUCGAUCAACACUGUCUUUGCUCAGGAAACGCUCGCGCAGUGGAUUGGAGAUUACCUGACUCAAUCUGCCGGUGUUACGGUUGUCUUCGAAUCAGCCAUCGUGCCCAAGUGGAAGAAUGGUGUUAUCGCAUUUCGCAAUGUGUUUAUUUCAAGGAGACCCGGUCAGAUCGAAUCAUCCGUCAGCAAGGGAUCAUCUGAUGCCGCUGCUGUUGCUGCCGCAGGGCGCCAGGUUCAGCAUAACGGCACUGUUACCGAAGACGAUGGCAACUAUACGCAAUUCGACGUAACGAUCGCAAAUGUUAAUGUCACGCUUUCAUUCCUCAACUGGUGGAAUGGUAGGGGGCUUCUCAAAGACGUGGAAGUAAAUGGCGUUAGAGGAAUCGUCGACCGCACUUCUGUCCGUUGGCCACUGCAGCAAAUCGAUCCGUUUUCUUACCGUCACAAACACCAACCGGGCGAUUUCGAGAUUGAAUCUUUCAAAUUGGAAGAUCUUCUACUCACCAUUCGCCAACCUGACGGCUUCCGCCCCUUUUCAGUGAGCAUAUACUCUUGCGAACUCCCUCGAUUGAGAAAACAAUGGCUCUUUUAUGAUUUCCUAUCUGCCAGCCAUAUGUCUGGGUCAUUUGAUGGCUCUCUCUUCACGAUCCAUCCGCGACAAGUUCACGGUACAGUCUCAAGUCGAUACCAGGGAGUCAUGAUGGGGUUAGAGGAAUCCAAAUCGUGGAAAAAAUUCAAUCGGCUACGGAUUGAUGGCUUGAAGAUUGACCAUCUGAACCGUGGAGUGGAAGGCCCAUUUGGCUGGAUAUAUGAAGGAAACGUCGACAUUGUUGCUGAUGUCAUGUUUCCUGAGGAUAUGGACGACAGUAUUACAAAGGUCGUAACGGAUUUCUAUGACCAGCUGGAAGGCACAGUUAUUGCUAAUCGUUAUCGCUUUCUGCCUCGAGCCCCUACGCCCGAGAAUCUCUCAGAGAGCGAGCGCGCAACGAGCGAGAAGAAGGCUCAGAAACAAGCUAACGAGUCUGAGGAGGAUAGACGGCUUGUCAUCAUGGACUUGCGUAUUCACCUCAAUGACGUCAAGGCUGCCGUACCUUUAUUCACCCCUGAUCUAUCAUAUGUCAACCAGGCGCUUGUUCGCCCCAUUGUGGCCUAUAUCAACGCGAAGAAGACGUACAUUCCCAUCUCUAGCCGCAUCAUCAAGCCGCUAGGCGACUUUGACGGAAGCUGGACAGUCUUUGACUGUGGGCUCUUGGAUGAUGCAUCUGCCGAGACGUAUGAGGCUUUUGCAAAAGAUGUCGAAGAUCAGCAAAGCCGCGUCAGGCGAUUCCGAAAGGUUGGAUUCUGGACCUUGUCGCUGGCCAUUCAUGCUCUAUUUAUGGGUAUGGCUGGAAAUAUGGUCUAA